AUGACACAAGUGGGACCACACCAAGAACCAAGAACCAAGAACCAAGAACAUUCUCUAUCUAAACUUGAGAGAGUAGAUCGGUACAGUAAGAGUAGAUCGGUGCUGGUGAGCAGCCCAGCUAACUCUUACUUGGAUGAGCGUCCAGUACUGAGAGUUGAGAGAGAUAGGAUAGGCAAGGAUGAAACUCCUGUAAAAGAGAUCCGACACGCUUUAUUUCCUCAGUACGUCCGUAUGAUACCUUCCAUUCCUUUAUAUCACCUUUGGUUAGUCGAGUACACUGGACUCAAUACCGAACUACCGGUGUACUGUAAACGGUGGCAAACGAUUCCUCUUUUUCUCCCUGAAGGCGCUACAACUUGUCGAGCCAAAAAGAGGGAUUCAAAAAGGCGUGAGAUUCAAACGGGUGUAAUGAGCGAAUAUCUCAGGAGCAGCCUGUCCCCGUUAGCUUGCCCGAAGUACCUACCAGCUGCCAUGCGGGAGAAAGACUCCAGUCCUCGAAAAAUGCCCGGACACAUCAGCCCCAAGCAAGCGAGCAUCUACCCCCUGAGCGUGCGCGUCUCAGACAUGGAGGAGCUGCCGUACGACCUGAGCCACGGCAACAGCAGAACAAGCCCUGGCUCCCACCAGCACCAGCACCAGCACCAGCACCAGCCACACAUGAGUCCGGCAGCCCGACCUCACAACCACCCCGAGGACAUGGACUGCGAGCCCCUGGACCUGCGCGUCGACCACAAGAAGGAGCACCUCAGGGACGAGAACCAGAACGACAUCGAGGUCUUGAACCAGAACGGCCUGGGACUUCCCUACCACACGGUUCUGUUCCCCCAGCACCACGCAGUGCAUCCUCUGGUGCUGGAGGCGAUGUACAGAUCUCACCCUCCCAUCCCUGAGCUGCCCAAGAUCCAGGUCCGCGCUCUCCCGACGAUGGUUCCGCUGCCCUCGAACCGGUUCUCGGCGCCCUCCACUCCGUCAUCGUCAACCCGAGCCUCCAGUCCGCCGAGCCAGCCGACGUCGACGCCGACUCCAGUGAGCAAUCCUUACUCCGUUGGAGUAGGAAACUCCGGACUGAAGCCCAAAGAUCGGUACUCUUGCAAAUUCUGCGGGAAAGUUUUCCCCAGAAGCGCGAACCUGACCAGGCACCUGAGAACCCACACCGGGGAGCAGCCCUACAAGUGCAAGUACUGCGAGAGGUCCUUCAGCAUCUCCAGCAACCUCCAGAGACACGUCAGGAACAUCCACAACAAGGAGAAGCCUUUCAAGUGUCCUCUUUGCGAGAGAUGCUUCGGCCAGCAGACGAACCUGGACAGACAUCUCAAGAAGCACGACGCCGAUGGACCUACGAUACUUGACGAGGUUCGCUCGCGGUACCACGGGCAGCUUCCUCGAGCAGAUGAGUCGUAUUUUGAAGAAAUCAGGAGCUUCAUGGGGAAGAUAACCUCCCAGAGGCAAGGAAUGCCUUACUUUUCGGGACUCCUGGCGCCGACUGCGGAGGAACUGAGAACUGAAAAGCAGCAAGCGCUGGAAGACAAACGCGGUGACUCCUCGUACUUCAGCGAUAGGGAUAACCUUAGCUCCAGGUCGAGCAGCAGCGCUUCCAGGGCUGAAAGCGUUCAUGAAGACCAACGUGAUACCACGCCGCCGUUGUCGCCUGGAAAUACUUGA